UUAGUGAGAUCCUUGCCAUCCAAAGAUUUUAUAUUAGGUCCAAUUUGGUUAACUUCGUCGUAAGUCUCCACGUUGUGUGUAUAUCCAGCCCUUAACUAUCAAAUUGCCCUCUUUGGGGCCACGUUCAGAAACACAGCGUGGGGGCCAAAGGGGCGAGUGUUUUUCAAUUCAUAAGCUUCAGGGGGAAGGAUCAUUAACGGUCUUGCUAUAUCAAAAGUAAUAUAUAGAACAUCCAUUCUACUAGUUUAAACAGUGAUUUGGUAGGUUGAAGGCCAGGCUUAGAUAAUCGUAAUUUUGAUUCUUAUCAAUCAGAGUCUGGUUUCUAUUGCUUUUGAUAUAAAAACUCUACUAAUCUGUGGAAUGAAAUCUUCUAAACCAGCUUAGUUUUUAAUAGAAGUGCGAAAUUUUAAUUUUAAACGUAAAUUAGUCUUCCACCACUUGGAGUAAACUAAAGUUUGAUUUGGGCCGUUUCUGAGAAUAAAUAUGAACAAAAUUGUCAAAUCUCAAAUCUUUUUCGAAGGCGGUAUUUCUAUACCCUGUAUAUUACCACAGUUAACGAAUGACAAUGGACGGUUACGAGGCGAUGACGGAAGCUGUCAAAAAUGCUGACGUUUUGUCAAUGUUGCAAGAUGCAGCGGCAAUAGACGCACAUGACGAACAAUCGCAGGAGAUUAAAGAGAAAAUUCAGGAUAUUUUGAAACAGUAUGAGGUUAUGGGGGAAGAAGAUAGAACAUUGUUUGUGGAUAGACUAAAAGAAGCUCUGACGGAGAAAUUGUCUAUGAAAAUGCAGGAAAAUGAUUUUUCCUAUUGGCCUAUGUUUGUCGCUGUUUUCUUCGUGGCGUCUGUGAUUGUCUUCUUUGGAUAUAAACUAUACAAGUCGAUAAAAGAGAAAGAAAUGAAGAAAGAAGAGAAGAAGAAACAGAAGCAGUCGAAAAAGAAGAAAUAAAUGUUGUGAAGUGUUUGAGAUAAUAGUGUUAAGUUUCAUUAAAUUGUUUCAGAGUCCAUGAUUAAAAGUAUAUCAUCUUAA